AUGCUGGCACAGCUGGGGUCCUGUCUGCUGCUGGCAGUGGCCCUGCUGGGCCCAGGCCCCAGGGCCCAAGCCAUGGAAGGUGUCAAAUGUGGGGGUGUGCUCUCGGCACCUUCUGGAAACUUCUCCAGCCCCAACUUCCCUAGACUAUACCCCUACAACACGGAGUGCAACUGGCUGAUCGUAGUGGCUGAGGGGUCCUCUGUGCUGCUUACCUUUCAUGACUUUGACCUGGAGUACCAUGACACCUGCGACUUCGACUUCCUGGAGAUCUACAACGGGGCCUCGGCGGACAAGGGCAACCUGCUGGGGAGAUUCUGUGGCCAGGUGCCCCCGCCGCCCUUCACCUCCUCCUGGCAUGUCAUGUCUGUCGUCUUCCACUCGGAUAAGCACGUGGCCAGCCGCGGCUUUUCUGCGGGCUACAAGAAAGAUGUGUGUGGUGGUGUCCUGACCAGCCUGUCGGGGGCCCUCACCAGCCCUGAGUACCCCAACAAUUACCCCAACAACGUAGAAUGCCGCUGGGUGAUCCGGGCUGCCGGCCCCGCCACCAUCAAGCUGGUGUUCGUGGACUUCCAGGUGGAGGGCAAUGAAGAAUGCACCUAUGACUAUGUGGCUGUGCUUGGGGGGCCUGGCCCUGCCCGCGGGAACCACUACUGUGGCAGCACCCGGCCCCCAACCCUUGUGUCACUGGGCCACGAGCUGCAGGUGGUCUUCAAGUCCGACUUUAACAUUGGAGGCCGGGGCUUCAAGGCCUACUACUUCUCAGGAGAAUGCCAGGAGGUGUACGUGGCUGUGCGAGGCAACUUCUCCAGCCCACAGUACCCCAGCUCCUACCCCAACAACAUCCGGUGCCACUGGACCAUCCGCCUGCCUCCCGGCUACCGGGUUAAGGUAUUCUUCCUAGACAUGGACCUGGAGGAGCCCAACAGCCUGACCAGGACCUGUGACUUUGACCACCUGGCGGCCUUUGACGGGGCCAGUGAGGAGGCACCCCUGCUAGGGAAUUGGUGUGGCCACCACCUGCCGCCACCCGUCACCUCAAGCCACAACCAGCUCCUGCUCCUGCUGCACACGGACCGCAGCACCACCCGCAGGGGCUUCUCUGUGGCCUACAUCGGAGGUCAGCCAGGGCUGGGCGUGGGUGCGCUGGUGGGUGGGAGGGAGGCUUUGCAGCCUCCUUCCUCCAUCCCACCAGCUUGUCCUGCCCCCCGGGAAUGGUAUACCCCAGUGCCUACCUCUCGGCCGACUCCUGGGACUCUUGAGGCUGUACCAGGGUCCCUGGUCCCUCUUAUACUGUGGUUGAUCCCUGUAUCCAGAGUGGUGCCCGUGAACGUGAGCUGCUCCCGCACGGACUUCCAGAUCCUGGUCUCCGCGCAGGCGCUGGCCCCGCUGGAGCGGACCAAGGUCUACCUGGGCAGCCGGAGCUGUGCUGCCCAGGAAGUCGGCAGCAACUUCAGGAUCCAGGCCCGCUUUGACACCUGCGGCACUGAAUCUCAGAGAAGAAACAACACGUCAGUGAUCGUGAGCGUGCUGUACAUCGACUUCUCCGCUGCCGGGCGGGACGACAUCCAUGAAUAUGAGGUCCGCUGCGAGCCCCGGCGCAAGGAGGCUUCUGUCCACCUGCUGUCUGGCUCCGACUGGCUCGGGCCCUAUGCUGCCACUGCUGAGCACCUUCAGGAAGCACCACCCAGGGACGAGGCGGAGGCACUGGAUGACUCGGUGACGAUGGUGGCCCAGGAUACUAGUGACAUCGUCUUCCUGGGCCUUUGCAUCCUGGCUGGAAUCCUCAUGGUCAUUGCCAUCGUGGUCCUGAUGCUGCUCUGA